AUGUCUAUUGAGUCACCUCCGAGGUUCAUCUACAAGAUUGUCCCGUCGCCGCCUGGUGACCCUUUUCCCAAGGAACAUCCUUUAUCAGAACUUGACCAGAAUGAUGGUUUUGUACAUCUGAGCACGUCCAUUCAAGUACCCAAGACCGCAGACUUGUUCUUUACUAGAUCAUCCUCACUCUGGGUCAUAAAGCUUGAAUUCAAGCAGUUUGCUGAUUCCAUCAGAUGGGAGGGAGGGUUUCCCCACCUGUAUGGCAAUUUCGGGGCUGACAAUGUCGACUCGACUGUGAAAUUUGUUCGUCAAGAGAGUCAGACGUGGGAUGAAGUGAUGGCAAAGUCAGAAUGGCUGGAUUGA